UUAACUUGCCAAAACUUUGUCUUAUUAUGUUAAGUGCUAUGUUAUUAUGUCAAAGUACCAUGUGAUCGUGUCUACAGAGCGUGUUAUUAUGUUGAAACGUUAUGUUGUCAUGUCAAAGUACAGCGUGAUCUUGUCUACCGAGCGUGCUAUUAUGUUAAAAACUAUGUUAUCUUGUCAAAGUGUGUAGUUAACUUGUAAAAACAUUGUUUUAUUAUGUUAAUACGUUAUAUUAUUAUGUUAAAGUGUAAUGUUAACUUGUCGAGAUAGUGUCUUAUUAUGUAAACUAUGCAUGUUAACUUGUUAAAGUGUUGUGUUAACUUGCCAAAACAGUGUCUUGUUAUGUUGAAUGCUAUAUGUUUAUGUCAAAGUACCAUGUGAUCGUGUCUACUGAGCGUGUUAUUAUGUUGAAAAGCUAUAUUAUAUUGUCAAAGUGUUGUGUUAAUUUUUCAUAACUGUGAUCUUCCGUUUUUAUUUUUGACAUCAAUACUAGUCAUGUUAUUAUGUCAGAAUGUGGUGUUAACUUGUCAAAACAGUGUCUUAUUAUGUCACAAAGCCAUGUCAUCUUGUUAAAGCAUCAUUUGAUCUUGUCUAGCUUUUUUAACAUAAUAACACAAUCUAUAGACAAGAUCACUGUACUUUGACAUAUUAACAUAGCUUUUUGACAUAAUAAGGCACUAUUUGGACAAGUUAAUAUUUCACGUUGACAUGAUUUCAUAGCUUUUUUAACAUAAUCAGGUACUGUUUGGACAGGUUAACACCACACUUUGAGAAGAUAACAUGACUAGUUAACAUAAUAAGACACUGUUUUGACAUGAUAACAUAGUUUUUUAACAUAAUAAGAUACUAUUUAGAAAUUUAGCUGUCUUUAUAUAAAAAAAAAUUAAUAAUAGGUAGUAUGAAAGGUUAUGAUAUUUUAAGUAGUUCCAUAACAAGUAGUCUUUUCAAAAGCCAUAGAGCUUGUAUGUUAUUAUAUUUAUGUGAUUUGUGGAAUAAAAUAUAUGCCCAUAAAAAAAAAAAAGAUACUGUUUUGACAAGUUAAGACCACACACCGACACGAUAACGUAAAAUUUCCCGACAUCAGACAGCUGCGCCGUUCCAUACUGUGUCAUGAUGAUACGUAUAUAUGAUAUGUAAACUAUUGAUAUGUAUAUAUGUUUAAUAUAUGUGUUAUGUGCCGGCGGCCUUAUUGCAAAAACAAUGUGAAACAGCUUGUAACGACGACGCUCGAUAAUAAAAUGUAAACUUUUAACCGCUUCGUUCUUUGCUUGAUCGCUUUCGUUUUGCUAUUGAAAUCGUAAAGUUAUUAUUAUAUAUGUCAAGUUACGCAUACAUGGCGUAAACAUGGUAAAAGCACUUUCAAAGUUUAUAUAAUACUGUUUUGCAAACAGAGAUGUUUUGAGGUGUUAGUGUUCAUGAUCUUCUGAAUAAUUGGAAUAAAUUUAAUAUCGAAAGUCUUGAGACAAGAAAAAUCAAAGUGGCGAAGAGUUCCAUAAAACUGCACCUGUUUCAAAGUAGAAUGUAGUUUCUUUCAAGCGCCCUAUAAAGUUUCUGUCAAACAGAUUUCACACUCAGAGAGCGGAUGCGCUAGUUAACCUUGGUACUUACAUGUGCUUGCUGUGGUGAUAUACCUGCCAAAAAUGCCGAAAAAUAGCAACAAAAAGGAGGAAAAGGAACAGAUGAAAGUGAACGAGCUUCGUUCACGGUUGUCAGACAUCCUCAAAGCGGACUAUGAAGAUUUCUACUUGCGAAAAUGGCUGAAAGCAAGAAACUAUGAUGUUAACAAAGCUGAACAGAUGUUUCGAAAUAGUGUGGCGUACAAGACUAAGAUGAAAGUUGAGACGUUAAUGGCAGAGUUCGAGACUCCCGAGGUCAUAAAAAACUACCUUACUGGCGGUUUUUGCGGUCAUGAUAAGGAAGGUUCGCCUAUACGUGUUGAAUUAUACGGUCAUCUAGAUUUGAAAGGCAUCAUGGCGUCCGUGCGGAAGUCGGAUUUAGAAAAGACGAAAAUUAUGCAGUGUGAAUGGACAGUGCUUGAUUGGGAAAAACAGAGCAAAAAGCUCGGAAGACGUGUGGAUGGACUGACUGUUGUAUUUGACAUGGAGGGCGUUACCACAAAAAUGAUGUGGAGGCCAGGUUUACAAAUGUACUUACAUUUGGUGAAGAUUCUAGAAGACAAUUACCCAGAAAUGCUCAAAAGAAUGUUUGUUAUAAACGCACCCAUCAUAUUUCCAAUUUUAUACAAACUUGCCAGACCGCUCAUAAGCGACGAAAUGCGUAACAAGAUUCAUGUACUUGGUGCGAACUACACGGAUACCUUAUUGCAGUACAUAGAUGCCGACCAACUGCCGGCGUUUUUGGGCGGCACCCUCACAGAUCCAGAUGGAAAUGAACGAUGUGUUACUAUGAUUAACCAAGGUGGUGAAGUGCCAGAGAAAUACUUCCUCGAUAUUAAGGAGCUGUAUGAGCAUAUGAAAACAGCAACAAUAUCUAGAGGUGAAAAACUCGAGCUCGAGUACCAGAUUGACAAACCGGGCAGCAUUUUGAGAUGGGAGUUCAAAACGGAGGAUUAUGAUAUAGGAUUUGGUGUGAAUGUGACGAAAAAUGGGGUGACAUCAGUAGUAUUGCCCAUGAAACGUGUAAAUAGCCAGCACGUUGCGGAAGAUGGUAGCAUAACGUGUGAGGAACCUGGCAAAUAUUUACUUUAUUUUGACAAUUCCUUCAGCUGGACACGAUCAAAGAACAUUUUCUAUGUAGGGGAGGUAAUCGAGGUGGACGACGAGUAUGUCCGCUCGGAAAUAAAUGACUUGGUGGAAAUGGGAGACUGGAAAACGCUCGAGGAAAAAUUCGAAACUACGCAUUUAUGAUCCAUUUUGUUUCAUGCUUGAAUUCGUUGGUGUAACAUAAGUUUUUCAUACUUACUAAAACAUAUCAGCGCUAAAUAUUGUAUAUGUCUUUAUCUUUUAAAGAGAGACUAAAUUAUACAGCUCUGCCCGGUUUUCACAACAGUUAAAACUUGGCACUUGCAUUCAAGUUUAACUGAAAGUUUGCACGUGUUAAUAAUAAAAAUGUACAGUAUUCAAUGCCAAAAUUUUGAUAUUUUGUCUUGUUGAUAUUGUAAAAAAGUCUUGACCGUGAGCAUAACAGUCGCAUGGAAAUACGCAAUAAAAGAUAGUUUUUCUGUGUUUAUCAUAUAGUGCUUCAACUUUGGUUGGUAUGUUAAGUGUAAAAUCAUUCAAAAACGAAAUUCUGAUUGACAGGCUUUUUUUUAAAAAACUAAAUUUUCAUUGGAAUCCAGGCAUGUAAUAGUGUUAGAGAUGGCCUUCCAUAGAAGAAGAAUGUUCCAGUUUUUUGAAUAUAGACAAAGAGAUUAUUAUUUCUCAGCUUAUCUAAUCAACACAGAGAAUCUUCUAACAAGUGAAAUCUCGGAGUUACUUAAUUCACUAAAAUAUCUGAGUUAAUACAUUUAAAGGGACUUUGUUGUUAUUACAGACAUAUCAUACUUAUUUAUAUUUGUACAGAAAUAACUUAUUAUAUGUAUUUUAGACAUUGUUAUAUAUGUUUUACACUGUAUAUACUGAUAUUGUAAAGAUUAAA